AUGCCCGAACCUAACAACACAGUUGAAAAUGAUGUACCUGAAGAAGACGAAUGGCUGGUAUAAUUAUAUGUUUUUCUUUUUAUAUCAUAAUUAGAUUGAAGAAUUAAACAUAAAUAUAAAAAAAUGUCAGUGUACAAUUUCUUUGUAUUUAAUGAUUUAAUAUUGUAGAUCAAACCAUGUGCAAUGUACAUAGACGAAUACAGUGAUUGUAGGAGUAUAAGAGGACGUUUCCACCAGUAUUUUAUAUAUGGAGAAAUGCUAGAUUGUAAACAAUGGAAAAUUGAUUAUAAAAAUUGCAAUUUAUGGACUGAACAUAAAAAUAAAAAAGCUUAUAAUGAAUUAAUAAAUAGUGAAAAAACACGCAGACUAAACAGAUUAAGAGAUCAUUAUAAUAACGAUGUUUGGGAAAGGAGAGAUAAACCUCCAGAAAAUUGGAAUACACCAUUACCUAAAUGGAUAGAAGAAAAAAAUAGUAACUCAUAUUUAAAAAUUGUAAAUGAGAAAUUAAAGGAAACAAAAAAUGAAAUAGCAGAUAGAAGAAUUUGUAUCAUAAUGUAAGAACAAUUUAAUUCAUUUAACAUUGUAGAUUUUUAAAUACUAUACAAUACCAAGAAAUAAAGAUUUUGAAAUUUCAGUUGUUUAAUUAAAAUUCAACUGUUUGAGUGGAACAUUUUGUAUGAAAUGUGAAUAUUUUUGCAAUAAAAAAUUUAUUUGAUCAUAUUUUUUAUAUUUAUCAACACUGACAGAUUUUCUAUUAUUAUAAGUUUGUUACAAAUGUAGCCACAUGUAUGAUAAAGAAAUUUUAUUAAAAAGUUAAUAAAAUAAAAUUUCCUGAAGGAAGAAAAAAAGAGAUUGACAUAAAAUUUUAUUUUUAAUAUAAUUUUUGAAUACAUUAUCAUACAGUGUACAUUAUACUAUUUUUUACAUAUUACAUUAAUAUUAUAUUGUAUUUCAUAAUAUUAUUUCAUAUAUAUCUUCCUAAUGUUAAUGAUGCAUAUUGUUUUCCAUACAAAUUUGAAUAAUGCUCUAACACUUUUCAUUCAAAUUACAUUGUAAUAUAAAUUAUAGGAGAAAAAAAAAAUUCAUAUGAAAUAAAAAGAAAUACUGAGAAUGAUAUUGAAGUUACAAAUCGGAAAGAAGAUAAUAAUUAG